AUGCGGGGCGCUUCCAAAGAAAUCCCCGAUCUUGUGCAAAGCUUAGCCGGCGAGAUGCAAAAAUUACAGAUAUCGCUGGCUAGGCUUGAAGACAAUGUCCAGACUUUAACCAACCGCGUGGAUAAUGUGGAGAUAGAUGCACGGAAAAGUAUCGACGCAUAUUUGAAAGUGCAAGGUCAAAAAGUCGACAAAGAAUUCAAUGAAUGGCUAGAAGUAAAGGAUCGCGAGAUAUCUGCAAAGACUGAAAGCGACGUAAAAACAGCUGUAGAACAAGCGACUGCGGCCGCGAGUGUAAAUAUUGACGCUUGCGCUGCCGCAGUACGUGCCGAAUUAACACUGAUCAAAUCCCGUGUGACAGCGGAGUUGCCGAAUUGGCAACAGGAGGUCGCGCAGAGACUGUCUGUGAUGGAAAGCAAUGUAAACAGUGGCGGACAGAUAAUGAAUCCCACUCCGCGUACUGAUUACUAUAAUAACGCAGACGGUAUCCAGGGCGCGAGUGCGCAACCGCAACCUAAUGUGAAUUACGGGCACAAACAAUAUGCGAUACCGUGCAGCGCACAUCACGAAGUAAUGAAUGUCACAGAACGUAGCAAUCAGAUGCAAGAGCACCGGCAACAGAAUCGAGGCACAAACAAUGGCAAUGGUCAUAACGGCAACGGUUAUAAUCGUCAAAAUCAAAAGAGACAUCAUGAUGGACGCAUGACUAAUGGAUAUAAUGGUAACGGCAAUCCGCAAUGGCGGAACAACCGAAACCAGUGGCGUGGUAGUAAUGAACCGACACCACAGUGGCAACAAAACACAGCCCCACAAUGGAACGCCAACCCAAGUCCGUCACAGAACAUGUCAGGAAGUUACAACCGACCACCGCAAAACCAGAGCCAUACACAAUAUCAAAAUACGCCAUCGGGGAGGCAGGGCGGCCAUCCCAACAGUAGCAACAACAACAACCAGAACCACAACGUGAGUGAGGGCACAUUCACGGAUGACAGCCGUAAACUUUGUAUGCUGAGAUACAAUGAGGGAAUAAAAAUAGAAAUGGAGCUUGUAGACAUACCGCAGAAAUAUAACCGAACCGACAAAAGUGUUGUGCAGGCUAUAUUGCAAGCAGAUAUGUACGGAGCAUCAAUGAGAUAA